AUUUCUACGCAGUACCCAGUAGUGGACCAUGAGUUUGAUGCAGUGGUGGUAGGCGCUGGAGGGGCAGGCUUGCGAGCUGCAUUUGGCCUUUCCGAGGCUGGGUUUAACACGGCCUGCGUCACAAAGCUCUUUCCUACCAGAUCACACACCGUUGCGGCCCAGGGAGGGAUCAAUGCUGCUCUGGGGAACAUGGAGGAAGACAACUGGAGAUGGCACUUCUACGACACCGUGAAGGGCUCCGACUGGCUGGGGGACCAGGACGCCAUCCACUACAUGACGGAGCAGGCCCCUGCUUCCGUGAUAGAGCUGGAAAACUAUGGCAUGCCGUUUAGCAGAACUGAAGAUGGGAGGAUUUACCAGCGUGCUUUUGGCGGACAGAGCCUCAAGUUUGGGAAGGGCGGGCAGGCCCACCGCUGCUGCUGCGUGGCGGACCGCACUGGCCACUCACUGCUGCACACGUUGUACGGAAGGUCUCUGCGAUAUGAUACCAGCUAUUUUGUAGAGUAUUUUGCCUUGGAUCUCUUGAUGGAAAAUGGGGAAUGUCGUGGUGUUAUUGCACUAUGCAUAGAAGAUGGGUCCAUCCAUCGCCUAAGAGCCAAGAACACUGUUGUAGCUACCGGAGGCUACGGGCGCACCUACUUCAGCUGCACAUCGGCCCACACCAGCACUGGUGACGGCACCGCCAUGGUCACCAGGGCAGGCCUCCCCUGCCAGGACUUGGAGUUCGUUCAGUUCCACCCCACAGGUAGGACGGGACCGCUUUCAUGGGUCGGGCUCUUCGUGGCUUUGAGCCCCCCCACACCUCUCGCUGCUCCUCUGCACCUCCAUGCACGGCAUGUUCUCAGAGCCCAGCUUGUCAUUUGCUCAGGAGAUGUUUCCCUGUUUCCCCCAAGGCAGUUGAGGGCACCAGCCUAACUACCUCUUGCUUUGGAGGUACCUGCUCCAGUCGUAAAGCCGACUGUUAGCGUCCCUCUCCCUGACUUGGUUGUCAGCUCCCAGAGGCAGGGGCAGGUAUGGCUGUGUCCACAGUAGGACCUUGUCAGUAUUUUCUGAGUGAAUGUCUGACAGCUGGCAGGGAUGCUGUUGACCAGAGUUAUGGCAUCGGCAGAUUUCAGUGUCGUAGGGAAAAGAGCAGGCUGUCACAGCAGGAGAGAAUCAAGUUGGGAUGAAGUGUUGCAGACAGGACCCCGUGAGGUGUUGAUGACUGCCCGGUCAUGGGCAGAUUGAGCCCAUCUUGGGUCCUCAGAUAGUUGAGUUUGCAAAUGGGGGGUUCAGAAGGGAGGUCUACCCUGGGGGUGCAGGUUUGAGAGGGUUUGUUAUCCAGAAAUGAAUCAGAGAGAGGGAUCUGCCUCUUGGGAGGGAUGAGUCUCAUUCUGGACUUUCUUUCUGGUUGCUUUUCUGACUUGUCAACUGGGGGACACCACACCUGGUGGCAGUAGCCAACCACCUUGCUAAAGACAAUGACCUUUUUUUUCUCUUUGCUCUGUUUUUUCCUGAUCCGCUGGCAGGGAUGAAAAAUAAAGCUUUAGGUGGUCUUCAUUUUUUUAAAUAUUAUUUAUCU